AUGGAGGUUGCGUCGGCAAUAUUGGGAACGGGAAGUGCAUUCUUCCCUUUUGACCUCCACGAGUGGUUGCGGGUGAAUCUUACCAACACCUCACCGGAGAGUGUGAAAGGCUGGGCACGGACUUUUGGGGUGACAGUAUGGCGGCUAUGGAGUGAUCGCAAUGCUGCCAUUUUUACUGCUUCGUCCUUCUCGAUUUCUGAUACGGUGAGGGAGGUGGGCCAGAUGGUUGACAAUAUCCAGAUGGCUGCCUUAGUUGAGCAUCGGCUUGGUGGCGUUGGUGUAGGACGCCACGUGAGGUGGGUGGCUUGGACCGCACCUCCGAUGGGGGUGGUCAAGGUGAACACGGAUGACUCGUUGCUCCGGACCUUUGGUAUGGCAUCGGCAGAAGGCCUU